CAUUGAACCGCAAGCUCCAACCAAUAUAACCGAAGCUCCAACAACCACCAUGCUCUAGUUCUGCCAUUAUUCAUAGAAGACUGGUAUCUCGACAUUCGCCGAGCACUCGAACUUACCAUCCCACACCCACUUCGCCCAUCCCAUCGUCCAUCUCAUGUCCAAACAAUCGUCUUCACGCAAUGCGACCCACCGGCUGCUGAAGGAGCUCGGACAAUGGAACACCGAGUCCAAGGAGGAGACGGGCAUCGAGCGCCUCGGCCCCGUCCGCGACGACGAGCUGCUGACCUGGCAGGCCGUCAUCAACGGCCGGGGGAUCGGCAGCGGCUACGAUGACGGGCGCUGGCUCCUCGAGAUCAUCAUCCCGCCCAGCUACCCGCUCGCGCCCCCGUCGAUCCGCUUCGCGACGCCCGUGGUGCACGCCAACGUGGCGCUGCGGACGGGCGAGAUCUGCCUGGACCUCCUGGCCUCGGCCUGGACGCCCGCCUACACGGUGCUCGAGUGCGUGCGCGCCGUGCGCGCCCUGCUCGCCUGCCCCGAGGCCGACAGCCCGCUCAACGUCGACGUCGCGGCCCUGCUGAGGGCCGGGGACCGCGUCGCCGCCAGGGGGCUCGUCGCGUUCUGGAUUGCGGAUGGGGGCGGGAGGUAUGAGGGGGAGUGA